AUGGUGGUGGAGGGCAUCCGGCAGACGGAGUACACCCUGACCGGUCUCAAGUUCGACAUGAAGUACAUGAACUUCCGUGUGAAGGCCUGCAAUAAGGCAGUUGCAGGCGAGUUCUCCGAGCCAGUGACCCUGGAGACACCAGCGUUCAUGUUCCGCCUGGACGCAUCCACAUCCCACCAGAACCUCCGGGUGGACGAGCUCUCCGUGGAGUGGGACGCCAUGGGCGGGAAGGUGCAGGAUAUCAAAGCUCGAGAGAAAGAUGGCAAGGGGCGGACGGCGUCUCCCGUCAACUCCCCAGCCAGAGGCACUCCAUCUCCCAAGAGGAUAUCCUCAGGUCGUGGGGGACGGGACCGCUUCACGGCUGAAUCCUACACGGUGCUAGGGGACACACUGAUCGACGGCGGGGAACAUUACUGGGAGGUGCACUAUGAGCCGGACAGCAAGGCAUUCGGCGUGGGGGUGGCCUACCGCAGCCUCGGCCGCUUCGAGCAGCUGGGCAAGACCGCGGCGUCCUGGUGCCUGCACAUCAACCACUGGCUGCAGGUCAGCUUCACCGCCAAGCAUGCCAACAAGGCCAAGGUGCUGGACGCCCCCGUGCCUGACCGCCUGGGCGUGCACUGCGACUUCCACCAAGGCCUCCUGUCCUUCUACAAUGCCCGCACCAAGCAGCUGCUGCACACCUUCAAGGCCAAGUUCACUCAGCCACUGCUGCCUGCUUUCACGGUUUGGUGCGGCAGCUUCCAGGUGACGACGGGCCUGCAGGUCCCCAGCUCGGUGCGCUGCCUGCAGAAGCGAGGCAGUGCCACCAGCAGCUCCAACACCAGCCUCACCUAG